CAGUGCCUUGAACGGUCGAGGUGUCUGGUCUUCGACCAAAUCAAAUCGUGACGUUAAGUCGCUUCUCUAAGUUACGAGGGAAUUUCAAAAUCAAGAUAAUCUCGAUAAUAGUGGUAUCAUUAUUAACGCAACGCUCUUUACGUUGUACAUAACAUUUUUUAAGUAUUGAAUAAUCGUUGUUUCUGAAGAGUGAAGAAUCUUCGAAGUUCUGACAAUGGGUCGAAGAAAAAAGAAUUUGAAAAGAAUCGUCACUCAGAAAAUUUGCAAGAGUGAGGUGACAGAAAAUUCGAAUUCCGUCGAAAAAGAAGCAAUAAAGCAAAGUAAAGAAAAUCUUUUUAUUGCCGAAGCUAUCGACGUUUAUUCACGCUUGAAAUUGCCACUCGUGCAUUCGAUGCAGCAUCGUUCGUCGGACGACAGCGACGAAGAGGACACUAUCGAGCUGAACUUCUGGCCGCGUUUUGUUUUCGUGUCGAACCUAUGUCCGAUCUGCAUAGAACGAGCGGAGGAGAUCUGCGGAUUUUGCGGCAUGGUGUCUUACUGCACCGUCAAACAUAUGAAGCAAGACCGGCCGAAGCAUCGCGACCUGUGUAAAGUUCUCACUGAAAUCUGCACGAUCGGAGGUGGUUUGUCGUCACUGUCGGAACUCAGCGCGGAUGAUUAUCGCGUUUAUCGGCUGAAAUUGAUCGAAAUAGUACAGUAUAGCUUGGACAGGCCUCUCCAGCUCUGGGAAAAGGAGAUCCUUCUUUAUCCUCGCGUUUGUUGCAGCUGUCGUCGCUUCUCGACGACUUUGAAAUGCUGUCCGACUUGCGGAAUCGGCUUAUUCUGCGAGAAUCAUGACGGCGGACACGAAGAGUGGUGCCGUGAGUUUCAGGUGUUUCGCAGGGUACUGUUCAUGCAGCACAAAGCCGGUCACGUUGAUCCCGAGAUUCCGGAUACCUUCCAGAAAGAACCGUUUUAUCUGCCGGAUAAUUUUGAUUUGUUAAUGUCACAGCUUUACGAUCACUCGACAUAUUAUUGCGAUAUGGAUUGCUACACGUAUUGCAGUCUCUCUCAUAUAUCAACCAUUCCAUUGACGGCUUUGUAUUCCAUGCAAAUUUCUUGCCUGAAUUGGAAGACUAUCGAUACUUUCGUGGUCCACGUGAUAGGUGCCGAGUUUCAAUUCGAGUGUAUAAAUCUGCAUGUGUGGGAAAAACUCUUUCUGCAUCUCCUUCCGAAUUUAAAGCUUCUCAAAUUGAUGUUCAUCGGUCCGGAACUGAGUUUGCCGGCGGUGCCGUUAGACUUGUUGACCGCUGUGAAGAUCUGUUCGACUUGCAAAUCGUCCGGUCGACGAGUAAACGUUUCGUUCCAUCCUGAAAAAGUCUAUCACGAUUUCUGUCGUUCCAAACAGUUCGUAGAACCGCACCUCGUGUGCCUCUUUAACCCGGGUCUUUAUCGCGAAACUGGUUUUGAAGGUAAGGACACGUGGCCGGAGACGAUACGAGAAUUCUGUAAAACGAAAGUCCCCGUUUGCGUGACGUCUUAUACGAAACAAGAAAUUCCUCGAGAGAUGAUCAGGAUAAAAUCAAUCGCUGAUGUAGAGACAAUUUUGGAGCCACGAAGAAAUCCAUUCGCUUCGAUCAAACCCGACAGAAAUUUUGUCAGUGACGAUACGGCGCCACUUAUUUAUAAAAAUUAUUAUCUCGCUAUUGUUAGAGGAAAAUUAUAAGCUAGGUUGAAAGGGAUAUUUUUCUUAAAGUUAUUUUAUACUUAAUUCCGUACGAAUACUUUCCUAGAAUAUUUUACAUUUGCUUUAAUAUCUCUUUUAAUUUCUAGUACUAUACUUCUAUUUUAUAUGCAAAUGUAUGUGAAAUUCAUAAAGAGAUUCUAUGUAUAAUAUGAUAACCACAUAAAAUUUGAUAACUCGCCAAAUACUUUUUGUUAUCAUAGUUGUCCUUAUUCCGAAUUGGAUCAAAUGUGUACUUAAUCUAUUAAGUGAUUUAUUGUCUCGCUCAUGUAUUAUUUAUGUAUUUAAAUAAUUAUAAUGACGUAAACUUUACAAACAAUGUAACGAGAAACUUUAUUUCAUCCAUAAUCAUAU